UACGUAGAGCCGGCGGAGGGAAAUUGGGCAACGGCUUUCCGCUGGGAGUGGGACAGAGAGUAGAAAGGAAGGAACCUCGCUUUCGAUUCGGAACGGCCCUGCCAAAUCCUGGAACGAGAGCAUGCCAAAACCGACCCGACUGGAAGGUGGAGAGGCACAGACCGAUACUCGUACCUGCCUUCCAUUAGGUCGUCCCUUGCCUUGGGCUUCCAUGCUUCCAUCUGAGGCGCGGAAUACAUCCAAGUGUCCGUACCUUACUUUGCCUCAUUACGAAUAUUCGCACAAUAUUACACAGUUACAUGGUAGAUAGAUCAUACUGCGUAGGUUACUAGGUAAUUAACAAGGAACAAGUUCAAGUCAGCCCAGUCCAAUGUCCAAUGUCCACUGUCCACUGUCCCCAGACCAGGCCGUCGAAUGCAACUCUGCCCGCCGGUCCCUUAUCGCACUUCCGAUUCAAAGUUCCGUCCGUUUCCUCCUGUGCUGCGGCCUGCCCGCCCCGGCCUUGCUUGUCCUCAUCAACUCCCGUCAAACGAGACGAGACUUCUGCAGCGCACGAACAAACCCCGUCGACUCUUCCUAUUUUCUCCCGACCUUGCCCUCUCUUGCUCUUAUUCUUUACUCUCACUCCCUCCUUCUCAGUCCUCUCCUCCUCAAAAUUCCUCCAUCCUCCGUCUUUCCUAUUUCUCCCCGCUGACUGUUCACUCCGGGUCCGCUUACAAUUCACUAUCCUUCUUUCUUUCCUCGACUCCGUACCCGACCCGAAGCCCAUCUACCAAACAACUCUCCCCGGUGUACUCUCUCACGCACACAUACGCACUUCACUUACUAUCCCUCUUUCUCACUCUCACUGCUCACACGCUCACUCUUACGUUGUGUGCUUCCGCCCGUACCUUUCCCAACUGGGGUCUCGGCGUCCUUUGCACAGACCGUGUACUGUGCAAGGUAGAAAGGGUGGUUGCUGGCUGCCCACAGGUCUGGCCGUCAUUGGCGGCGCCGGGACUGCUGGUACUGGUGCGUGUCCGAAACUCGGCAUCACACUGUUUCCACUCUCCCCGACCGACGGGCUAAAUGCUGGGUCUGACGGUCUGACCAGACCUUCCUGGUUUUACCCACAUCCUCCUCCACCACAACCACCAGAGUCCACCACCACCUCUUCCUCCCGGCCAAUUGUCGAAUCACCCCCGCUGAUCUCAUGUGAACACGAUUGCAGAAUCCUGCUCCAUACUUCGUACCUCACGGGCUCACACACGAGGCUUGAAUUUCUCCAACAACCGCCUAUUCCCGCGGCUGUUAGAUCGCCCCCCUAAAUAGUCGCCUAUUUACGGCUGUCAAAUCCGGCAAUCCCACUCGCAUUCCUGGGCUGCAACCCCGCCAAACUUCACUCUUACAAUAAACACCACCC